AUGAUUGUGUUUGCUUGGAAUGUGCGUGGAAUUGCUAAUAGAGCAACUGUUCGAGCUCUUAAGGAAUAUAGGAGAAUGUAUAGACCAGACUGCUUAUUCUUGUUUGAAACCCGAUGUAGUGGAGAAAAGGCAAGGGAGGUUAUCCGAGAGUUGGGGUUCCAAUUUGCUGUGGUGGAAGAUGCGGUGGGGUUUAGUGGAGGUAUAUGGGUUCUUUGGGAAGAUGCCAAUCUGGAUAUAAGAUUAAGGGAAUCCCAUCAUCAGUAUAUCCACCUGAGUGUUGAUAGAGCAGAGUGGGGGAGCUGUCUAUUGACCGCCAUAUAUGCAAGUCCUCAAGAGAGGCACAGAGCUACUUUGUGGAAGAAACUUCAGGUAAUUGCUGACUCAAUUUCUAUUCCUUGGUUACUAUUAGGGGAUUUUAACGACAUAUCUGAUAUUGAGGAAAAGAAGGGAGGAGGAAGAGAUAACCCAAGUGCCUGUAGAAGAUUUCGAUCUUGCAUUAGUAGGUGUAAACUGAUUGAUCUGGGAUGGAUUGGAGCCAAAUAUACCUGGAAAGGAGGGGAGCGUGAGGGGCAAAACAGGGUGUUCAAGAGACUGGAUAGGGGUCUUGCUAAUAUUGAAUGGAGAACAACCUUUCUUGAUGGCCGCAUCGAACUUUUGCCUAGAGUGAGGUCUGAUCACCACCCCUUGUUAGCAAUAUUUGUACCAGCUAGAGUUCAUGUUGGUGAGAAACCUUUCAGAUAUGAAACUAUGUGGGAAACCCACCCAAAUUUUAACCAUUAUGUAAAGGAAGCCUGUCUAAAAGAGCAACAACUCCCUGAGGCGCUUAGCACCCUCACCCACCUCUUAAAGGAGUGA